AUGUCAUCAUUUGGAUUAUCAAUUUCAUCAAUUGGUUUAUCAAUGUUAUAUGAGAUAUUAGUAGCAGAAUCGAAAUAUGAAUGUAGAGGUGUAGAAUAUAGAUCAAGAUUAAAAUCGGUGUAUAAUCAAAUGUUAAGAGAACAUGAGAAUCAUCAUGAGCCGACAUAUAAAUUAACAAAACAAUGUUUUAAUAAAUAUAUUGAAGCACUUGGUGAUUCUGUACGUGUAUUAGAUCCUACAGAAAUACAAUCUACUGAUUUAGAACUUUGUUAUGGUAUACAUCAAUAUGUGUUUCCAAAGAUUCCUGAAUUUACUUUAUUGGAUUUCAAAUUUCUUGAUCGUUGGAAUAAAUUCUAUAAUGUCUUACCAGCACAAUUUAAACAAACUGAACGUCGUAUAAAACGUAUGAAUGAAAAACAAAAAACUUAUCAAAUGAUUAAACGGAGAUAUAUUAAAGAUUCUGAUUCUUCUUCUGAAUCUGAUGAAUCCAAUAUUAAAUCUAAUGAUCCUAUACUUAUUACUGAACAUGAUUUUUAUACUUUAGAGUCCUCCGUAACGGUGACUGGUCCACCAGACAGUACUAACGAUAGUAAUAGUACUAAGGGAGCUAAUGAGGAUACUAGUACAGUUGUACCAAGCACCGUAACUAAGAAUACCACUACUAAGGAUAUUAAGGAUACUGAGGGUAUUACUGGUAAGGAUACUAAAGAUAGUGAGGAUACUAAUACUAAGGAAGCCCCUUUUGGUGCUGGUACAGUUGGAGCAAGCACCGUUACGGAAGAACAUAUAAAUAUAGAUGAGAAUAUGGAUAUAAUAGAUAGUAAUAUAAUAAUACCAAUAUUAACAAAUAAAGAAGUAGAAAUAAAUGAAGAAUCAAUAGUAUUUGGUAUGAUGGAUGAAGAAAAAUUAAAUGAUUGGGUUUCUACCACUUCAUUUGAUAAUUAUUUACAAUUAUUUAAACUUAUUUAUCAUUAUGAUAAUACAUUAGAUUAUUUUAAUACAGAAAUUAAUUCUUCCGUUACGGUGACUGGUCCACCAAACAGUAAUGGACCUGAAGUUACCAGUAUGGAUACCAGUACUAAGGAUCCUAUUGGACCAAGCACCGUAACUCAGGGAAAGGGAGCUAAUUUUAUGGUUACAGAGUGUACUCCUGGAAAGAGAGCUACUGGUACAGUUGGACCAAGCACCGUUACUCCUGGAAAGAGAGCUAAUAACACUUUUAGUACUACUCCAAAGGGAGCUAAUUCUAUGGGUACCAAGUGUACUACUACUAAUAGUACCAAUAGUAGUAAUAGUAGUAAUAGUAAAUAUGAUAUGUUGGAUAUUAAUGAUUUUUAUAAAAAGAGUAAUCCAAAAGUAUUAUCAAGUAAUUUUAUACAUAAUCUUGAUCAUUUUGAUCCUAAUUCUAUCUAUGGUAAUUAUUAUUUACCUAAUUCUUCCGUUACGGUGACUGGUCCAACAGCUACUACUGUUACUGAAGUUACUAGUACUAAUAACAUUACUACUACUCCUACUGGAGCAAGCACCGUAACUGAGGGAAAGGGAGCUAAUUCUACAGCUAUGGAGUGUACUAAUACUAAGGAUUCUAAGGGAGUUAAUACUAAGGAAACCCCUAUCGGGGUUGAUGAUGAUGAAGUUGAUGAGGAUACUUCUAUUGAUGGACCAAGCACCGUAACGGAAGACACCGUAAUGGAAGAAAUAUAUAGAAUAAAAAGUUAUAGUAUAAAUUUUAUGGAAGUGAAUACGAAAUAUUAUUAUAAUUCAAGAGGAUUAUUUGAAGUACAUAGUAAUGCAUAUAUAAAAGAACCAUUUAUAUCACGUAUAAUGAAAGGAAAUAUAGAACAAAAUACAGGAUUAUAUCAAGAAUUACAAUUAUUAUUAAAGAGAAUCUUUUCAUUGAAACGGAAAAUAACAGGAAAUUGUCUAAUUUGUUCAGGUUGGAAUUUAUUACAUGGAAUUGCAUUAACAUUUUGUGAAUAUUGUGAGGAUAAAAUUUAUAAUUCUGAUCCAUCGAUUUUAUUAAAAAUCUAUGAAAUACGAAGAUAUCUUGUUUCUACAGUAUAUCCAAUUGUAGGAUAUAAUUAUAAUACUACAAAUCUUUUCAUUAAUAGUGAAUUAAUUAAAGAUUGGGAACAUCAAUUAAAAUUACAAAAUGUCUCUAUACAAUCAUUAAUUAAUGUCGGUUCUACUUUUCCUAAAGCUUCUUUACAUGAUAGUCGUUUUCUACCCAAUCCUAUUCUAUUACCUUUUAAUAUCUGUAAUACUAUUAAUACUUUUCAAUUCCCUAAAAUUAAUCACAAUACUAUAACUAAUAGGGAUAUAUUGGAUAGUAGCCGUAUAGUGGAUAGUAGCCGUACAGUAGAUAGUAGGGAUUCAGUGGAUACUGCAGAUAGUAUGAAUACUGAGGAUCCAGUGGAUAUAGAAAAUGAUAAAGAAAUGGAUAUAGAAUAUAUUAAAUCAGAAAUAACAACACCAAAUAAUUAUACAUCUUCAAAUAUCAAUAAUACUCACAGUAUCCACAGUACUAGUGUCCAAAGUACUAGUAGUCUAAGUAGUACCCAGAGUAUUAAUAGUAGCACCAGUAGUACUAGUAGUACUAGUACUAAUAGUAUGAAUAUGAUAGGAUAUAAUUUGAUGGAUAUAAUAAAUUAUAGACGUAAUUAUAGAGGAAAAUUGUUAAAUGAUUUCUUUGAGGAUAUUUAUAAUAAUUAUCAUUCCAAACUCAUUUCACAACGUUCUAAUCAACUUAUUAAUCAUUAUAAUUAUAUAAUUAAAUCUGGUCUAUUACCAUCUACACCAAAUGUUAUUUUAAAUAGUAAUUUUGAUGGAGAGAAUACUAGUACAGUUGUACCAAGCACCGUUACUCCUGGAAAGGGAGCAAAGGAUAGUACUAAUAGUGUUGAUACUAAUACUAAGGGUAAUAGUAGUAAUAGUGAGGGAGUUGGUGAGGGAAGUGGUACAGUUGGAGCAAGCACCGUUAUGGAGAAUAAAAAUAUGAAAGAAUAUUAUGAUGAAAAUGUAUCAUAUAUAUUAAGUAGAUUACCAUUAGAUAAUGAUUUAAUAAAGUUAUCAUUUUAUCAUCGAGGGAUUUAUUUAACAAAAUCAAAUAAUCUUAAAACAUUCAAUUUCAUACAUAUUGCCAAAAUUUUUGGUUUCCAUUUUCAUAAUACUAAUGGAGUUAGUAAUAGUACUGUAGAUGGUAAUGGUACUAUGGGUACUGUAGAUACUAAAGGAGUUAAUACUAAGAGUACUGAUGAUGAAGAAAUAUAUAAUUGGCAUGAAAUAUUAUAUCGUAAUAUAAAUAAAGAAAAUUAUCUUAUUAAUAAUCAACAAUUAUAUAAUUAUAAUCUUAUUCAUUCAUUCAUUAAUCAAACACUAAAUACUGAUACAAUGGAUAAUACACUAGACACAGAUAUGGUUAUUGAGGAUAAUACAGUUAUACCAGGUACCAGUAAUACUGAGGAUACUACUAGUGGUGUAUCAGACACCGUAAUGGAGGAUAAUACACUAGAUAUAGAUAUGGAUAUUGAAGAAAACAGUAAUACUAAUGGUACUAUGGGAAAGGGAGCUAAUGGCACUUUUGAUACUACGGGAAAGGGAGCUAAUUCUACAGCUAUGGAGUGCACUAUUAAGGAUAUUACUGGCCGUGAACCUGCCCCCGUUACGGAUGACACCGUAAUGAAGAAUAUAAUAGAAGAAUUAUAUGAAAAAGAAUUAUUACAAAAUAUGCAUACAAUUAUAUUAAAAAAUUUUAUUAAUACACGUAAAUUGAAGAUUGGAUAUCCAACAAGUUUAGAAAUGUAUAUAUUGAAUAUACCAGAUUCAAUAAUGGAUUGUAAUAUGUAUGAUGGAAUUGGUAAAGGUUUUUCAUAUUCAUUAGAAAAUAUUAUAUAUAAUCUUGCAUUAUUAAGUUCAUUCAUUAAAAUCGGUACCGUUAAUAAACGUAAAAAAUACUACAAAUCCAUCUAA